GGGGCCGCCUCACCAGCGCAGGCACGGUACGGGAGGCUUCGCCGGCUGCUGCUGUCGCGACACGGGGCCUCUCCGCUUCCGUCAGCACCGCAUGGCCGGGCCGGGAGCCCAGCGGCAGGCUGAAGCUUUGUGGACAUGUCCUCGGAUGCAAGGAGUUUUUUCCCCUCUAGAAAAUAUGGGCAAAGAUAACACCAACUGGUUGUAGUCCUGAGUGGUUAAGCUCUGCAGGUCAAUUGCAGGAUCAAGAUGUGGACAAAAUGGCUGGGAAAAGGAAGAAAUUUAUCUCUUUGUCAUGGCAGAGUGUGGGAAACAUGACAGCAAAAAUAUUUUCCUGUAAGAUCACAACAGCAUUUCUUUCUUUAAUUAUUGCAGGGAGCACUGCUGUGAAGGAUCUGGCUCCCUCUUCUUCAUUCUCUCUCAUCAGAAGUAUACAUUUGCACACUGAGAAAUGUGGAGCAUAUGAUGUGAUGUUCAAGCAUAGUCUUGUGCCUGAUGGGCAGCCUCUUGUUAUUAAAUGUUCACUGGAAAAGAGCUUCAGUUUUAAAAGUGGAGACUGCAACUUAACGUGGUAUAAAGUUGGUAACAAGACAGCUGUGCCUAGAGACAAACUUGCUAGAAUUCAUCAGCAGAAGAGUUUAAUUUGGUUUCUCCCUGCAAUAUUAGAAGAUUCUGGAAAUUAUGAAUGUGUCAUAAGUUGCAGGAAUUUGACAAGCUGCAGCAAAAUGUCUACAGAAGUAACAGUUUUUGAGAGGACUGAUGGCUUAUGCUUAAAUGAAGAUUUUGCUGUAGAGGAGGUGGUAUUCACUUCAUCAUCUGCAAGGGUUGUGUGUCCACACUUGGAUCACUUCAGGAAUGAGGAAAAUAUUCUACCUGUUCGCUGGUAUAAGGGUUGCCAGCCACCAGACCAGGAUGCCCAGAGCCACAUCCAGCCUGGCCUUGAAUGCCUCCAGGGAUGGGGCAUCCACAGCCUCCUUGGGCAACCUGUUCCAGUGAUUAGAACUGUCACAAUGGACUGUCAGCUACUGGAAGGGAAAAGAUUUGCCUUCUUAAACAGUGACCUUGUGAUUUUCAAUGUGACUGUGCAAGAUCAAGGAAACUACACAUGCAAAACAACAUAUACCUACAAUGGAAAGCAAUAUGACAUUGCACGAGACAUUAGUCUGAUUGUAGAAGUGAGCCCACCAAAAAUGCCCCCAGAAAUAUCUUAUCCACAAAACAACUCAAUUGAAGUGGAACUUGGCUCAGAGGUCACAGUGGAUUGCAAUACAACAGGUGCUGAUGGGUUUGAGGUGUUUUGGACAGGCAACGGUGUGUAUAAUGAUGUGUUUUAUGUGAGCAGAAUUUUUGCAAGGCCCUAUAAAGAGGAAACUGCUUAUGAUGGACGCCCUAUGUAUUCUCUGAAGCUCAUAAUUUCAGAAGUGCAUAGUGAAGAUUACGAACAACCAUUUGUCUGUCAAGCUUCAAAUGCCUUUGGGCAAGUUGCAUCCUAUAUUAUAUUAAAACACAGAGUUCCUGAUGUACCAAGGUGGCUGACUGGAGGGCUUGUCUCUUUGUUACUUUUAAUGUUUAUUAUUCUAAUCGUCUAUAAGAUGUUCAAGAUUGAGUUGGUGCUUUGGUAUCGUAAUUCUAGAUGUGCCUUUGUAAGUAAGGAAGAUGGAAAAAUCUAUGAUGCAUGUGUCCUGUACACAAAAGGCAGUGGAGGCAGCAACUUCUGUCGUCUGGAAACCUUUGUUCUUAGAAUACUCCCCAGUGUUUUAGAACAACAGUGUGGAUAUAAUCUCUUUAUAUUAGGAAGGGAUGACCUACCGGGAGAAGCUGUGGUCAGCGUUGCUGAUGAAACCUUUAAGCAAAGCAGAAGACUGAUGAUUAUUUUGGGAUCUGAAACAUUUAGUUGCGUCCAGUUGGAAGAUGCCUCUGAACAGCAAUUAGCUAUGUAUAGUGCUCUUAUCCGUGAUGAGACCCAGGUGAUUCUUAUAGAAAUGGAUGGAACGCAGGACUACGCAAGCAUGCCAGAAUCAAUCAGAUACAUUAAGCAAAAACAUGGGGCUAUCCAAUGGAAAGGAGACUUCUCGGAGAAAUCUUGUUCAGCAAAUACAAGAUUCUGGAAAAAUGUGCGCUAUCAAAUGCCAGCCAAGAAAAAAGUGUCUUUUUCUGAAGUUUAUUUGUCACCUCACACUUUGAACAAUUCUGCAGCAAAGGCAAAUUAAGAUCUACUUACUAAAAUAGUACCGAGACGGUAAUCUGGAAAUACGUUUUCUACACAAAUUCUUUGUAUUAUGAACAGGGUUUUUUUUGUCAAGGAGUAAAAACUGCUCAUCCCUUCCCAAAAUUACACCUUAAAAGGACAACUGUACAACCGUGUUUCUGUUUCAGCCACAGAUAAGGACACAAUUUAUUCAGGCUUAUGCCUGAAUUAAGCAUUGUGGAUGUUGAUAGACUGUUCAGGAGUGGUGAUCCGCAUGAGCGUAAUGUCCACUGAAGACUCAAGUGUGAAGUCUGAUUGUUUUCUAAUUGAAACUGCUGUUGAUAAAUUAAAAAUGUUUAUGUAGUCUGUA